AUGUCAACUUCAGUAUCCAGACCACCUUAUUCAACACAACCUACUGCAACUACAAUAUUAUCAUCCACAUCAUAUAACUCAGACAAUCGAUCAAACGCAACUACUUUGACAGCUUUAACCAUCCCAGAUCUGGAUAGUCCAGGGAUGAACAAACGUAAACAUACAUUGGAACCUAUUUUGGACGUAUUUGAAGGUAGAUCAGCGAUAGUAACGGAGAUGGAAGAUCGUUAUGCUGAGGAAAAACCAAGGAGAACAAGUAUGGAUUUAAAUAGAGGACCAAGUGUUAGAGAUAGGGCAAGCCAAUUCGAACAACAACAACAAUAUGCAUCAUCAUCAACAACAAAUACACCGAGGGGUAGACCGCUACCUCCAAUCAAUGAUAUGGAGAGGACAAGGUCGACAUCACCAUUAAGGAUCAAUAGGAAAGUUUCUUCGAGCAUAUCUACCCCUACACAAGUGAGGAGGGUACCAAUACCUGCAACUGCACCUUUAGAAAGACUAUCAACUCAAAGACGGACGUAUGAAUUUGAACAUUCAGAAACAUCGUCAAGGGAAAGAUUACCACCUGCAAGAUUGGAAAGAGGAAGUGGUUCAGCGAAAAAGAUGAUUCAGCAAUGGGAAAGUUUACCAAGUACACCCAUAUCAGAAAUACCUAAACCUCGUUUCCCACCUGGAUCUGGGUCAAUACCCAUGAGCGGGAGAGUGAUGAGUAGAGAAUAUUUAGAUCAAAAACCAUUACCUAUACCCAGAGCAAAUCCAGUUCCUGCUUCUUCAAUGAAUUUUCAUUCUUCACCCGGACCAAGUCAUUCCCCUGCUAGGACAGCUUACGCUCCAUCUCCUUUACAACAUCUUCAAACUCCUACUCAGCCAAAUCGAAAACGAUCAGCAACUCUUUCGCCCUCAGCUUCUUCCUGGUCUCUGUCACCGAGUCCAUCAAAUGAGAAAAGGAAAAGAAACGGUGGCAGAUCACCCCUAAAGGAUAUGCUCAAUAGAUUUGGAGGUGGUAUACAAGCUAUAGGUCGUAAGGCAAAAGGUAAAUCCAAGAAUAAGAAUUUCGUUAGAUCAGAAUCAUUUGGAUGGGGAGAUGAAUCAGGAAGUGAGGAAAGACUCGGUACGAAUGGAUUACCUGGAGGAAUUGUCUAUAGUGAUAGAAUGGGAGAGGAAGAAAUGGGUAUGCAGAAAGGACCUUCUGAUCCGAAUGUGAUCCGAUCUUCAGCUGCAAUGUAUUUAAUACCGACACCUUGUUCUUCCCUUGCUCCCUGGGGUUCUUGGCUUUCCUCAUGGGCUAUCCUUACAUCCAAUACAUUACACAUAACGUACUGUCCUAUUUUCCAGGGACCUUCAUCAGGAACUUCGACUCCUCGAAGAGUCUUAUCCGGUACUAAUCCAACGCAAACUUCUGCUCCUGCUGUUCCGUUCAAUCAGAUACCUCAACCUGAAGCUGGAGUCACACCAGAUGUAGAGAUGGCGAUGAAAGAUUGCGUGGAGGUUAGGAGUUUAAGGAGGGACGAAGUUAGAGGAAGGGGAAUACCACCUGUUCCAGAAGGUGUAGGAACAGAAGUGUUGGAGAUGGUAUGGAGUGAUGGAAGUAAGAGAUAUAUAGGUGUUGAAGGAGUGGCUGGAAGAUUAGGUUGGGUCAGCGCGAUUUGGGAUGUUUUACUAGCUUGCAAAUCGACUCAACCUCCAACUCUACCACCUCCAUCUCCCUUAGUACCGCCCACCACACUCUCAAGGAAUCCAACAAGUACAAUACCACCUGCAUCACCUCUAUCAGCAUCGUUUCAACGCCAAGAGCAAUCUGAAUUUCAGUCUCGAUUGAGAGCUUUGGAAGCUCGUUCUUCUGGAUCUUCCGCGCCACCAGUUCAGAAAGUGGGUGAUACAUGGGUAGCAGGUAGUGCAUUAGGUGUACCUACCAGUGAUGUUGAAACUUUACCUAACCCAGCUGCCGAACCAAUGAAUAUGAGAACGAAAUCAGAGGGAGUAGGAGUGGGGCUAAGGGAUAGUGUUCAAAGAAUGUUCGACUUGGGACCUGAUCCCGAUUUAACAUUAGAAAGACCUAAAUCGGCUUCAGUACAAUUACCGAUGAGACAAAGCUCAGAUAUGUCGGAAAGGAUAAAAGCAUGGCAGCCUUCAUCAACGGUAUCUUCCUCCUCUUACUCAAGUCACAAAGAUCGUUCAACAGCACCUUCGUUCUCAAGGACGAAUUCUAACAAGUCGACCACUUCUGAGAAUGCUAGAAAUACACAUGUUCCAUAUAAUGAAAUUGAUAGGGAACAUGGAUUUCCAACAAGUGAAACGAUGUUAUCGUUUGAUCCAAACGAUUUGAAUCCUUCGAGAUCAGCUAGUCAAGUUAGAAGACCAGCUCCGACGGUCAUUGGUAUGAAUGGGACCAACAUGGAAGAAAGACAAAGGAGAUACGGUAUGAUAUCUCAAAAAGAUCAUCUACCUAUGCCAAUUUUAGAAGAAGGAUCAAAUGAUGGAUCUGGAAACGGAUCUGGUAUUGGUUCGGAUACAUUGACAUUUUUAGCUAGACCACCAACACAUAUAAGUCAUAUAACUUUCCCUAAACCUAAUGUCGGUGGAGUUCAAAUGAUACCUUCUUUACCUACUAUACAAUCUGAAUCAAGAGGUUCUUCUUCUUGUGGAACAGAUAUAAACACGAAAUCAAGACCUUCAACAGAGAUGCAAACUCCAAAAACUAGACCAAGUAGUAUAACCACUUCUUAUUCCACAGGUGAUCCAACAGUCCUAGCCAAAUUGGAUACACAUUCCAAUGAACAUGGAACUUUAUCUAAGAAAAUCGAUGGCGUUCAAAUUGAUCUGAAACAAAUGAUCAAUUCUCUAGGUGGUUUUAUACAACAAUCAAGAGAUCUAUCUGAAAAACCAACAGAAAUGGUAAUACCGAAAAUGAUGGAUGACAGACUCAACACGAUUCAACUGGAUGUCAAAAGUAUAGAAAACUCUUUACAGCUGUCCAAUCUUGCGAAUACUCGUGAAGCUGGAAAAGAGAUGGACGAUGACAAGAUGACUGAAGUCAAUGAGAAGCUGGAUAAGAUAGCUAAACUCUGUCAAGAGGUUUUAACGAAACAGGCGAUAGCGCCUUCGUCUUCAUCUCCUCCAAUGAGGUCAACACUUACUGCCUCUCCAUCAGAAGAAGAAAAGUCUGCAGGACAAGAAGUAGCUCAGAUCAUGGCUGAUUUGACCGGCGGAUCAUCGAAAAACUCACCGAGAUUAGUCGGAUUACACGUUUUGCAUAAUGUUUCAGCACCUUCAUCACCGAAAUUGGAAAGUAAAUCCACACUUACACCCCCGAACGACUCCAAGUCUCCCAAUCAGGCUACGACGAAGACUACUGGUGGGCUGCCUGAAGAAGUCACGCAACAAGUUGGUCAGGUGUUGAGCCUGGUAACCGAAUUGAAAGAAGCUAGGACUUUACAAACUCAACAAACCACUGAUAUAGCGAGAUAUCUCAACGAACUCAAUACGUGGUUGGAGAAAUUCGUUUCGAAUUCCUCUACCGAACUUUCCACCCUAUCCAAGAGACUGAAUAUUUUAGUUGGAUCAGCAGCAGAUGAGAACAGUUCUUCUGCAGGUGGUGACCAUACUGGUCAACCAGGAUUACCAGAUUUAGUCGCCGAUGUACAUAGUAUGAUGUCUGAGCAGAAGAGAAGAAACGAUUCAGAAGGUGCAGUGGGACAAAGAUUAGAUGCUUUGUUAGGAAUGAUGGGUGAAGAAAGGGAAAGAGCUGCUGGUCAACAGAAUACUGUUGAACAGGUCGUCAGUAUACUCGACAGGCAAAGACAAGACAACGAAAUGCUUUUGAGAGCUGUAGCUACUGAUUUGACUACUGAAAUCCGAGGCGAAAGAAUGAGAUUUAUAGAAGCAAUGCAACAAGCUACUUCUGUGAAUGUAUCCAUGCACGUUGAGGAAUUCAAGAAACUUCUAUCUACGGAGGUACACCGAUCAAUGGCCGAGUUAGGUCAGAUGAGAGAAGAGAAAAAAGUUCUAGAACAGCAGAUCAGUGAUUUGUUUGCUUUGAUGGCUAAACAUGGUGGCAAGGGUAAGAAAGCCGCUUCAUCCAGACCUAUGGCUCCGCCUUCCCCUGCUGGGGGUAUGCCCCAGCUAUUGAGUCCAGUAUACACUCAAGGGAGAGGUCUACCUGCACCACCACCUUCACAUCAAUAG